GGGGAGUGGGGGGGAAAGGAGGCCGAGCACGAGCACGCCUGCCCGGACCUCGGCGGCGGCGGCGGCUGCAGCGGCGGCAGCAGCGACGACCGAAGAAGAGGACGAGGCAGGCAGGCGGGCGGACGAGGCCGCCCCCAUGGGCGGGUGUGUGGGCGCCCAGCACGACUCUUCGGGCAGCCUCAACGAGAACUCGGAGGGCACCGGAGUUGCUUUAGGUCGUAAUCAGCCUCUGAAAAAAGAGAAACCAAAAUGGAAAAGUGAUUAUCCCAUGACAGAUGGACAACUGCGCAGCAAGAGAGAUGAAUUUUGGGAUACUGCACCAGCCUUUGAAGGCCGUAAAGAAAUUUGGGAUGCUCUGAAGGCUGCUGCACAUGCAUUUGAGAAUAAUGAUCAUGAACUGGCACAAGCAAUCAUUGAUGGUGCAAAUAUAACAUUACCACAUGGUGCCCUUACGGAGUGUUAUGAUGAACUGGGAAACAGAUAUCAGCUUCCAGUCUAUUGCUUGGCCCCACCAAUCAACAUGAUAGAAGAAAAGAGUGACAUAGAGACUCUGGAUAUUCCUGAUCCACCACCAAAUUCUGGAUAUGAAUGUCAACUCCGUUUACGCCUUUCCACAGGCAAAGAUCUCAAACUUUUGGCUCGUAGUACAGACACAGUGUACCACAUGAAGAGGAGGUUGAAUGCAGUGGAAGGGGUGGAACCAAGUAGUCAGCGCUGGUUCUUUUCAGGCAGGCCACUCACUGACAAAAUGAAACUGGAAGAAUUGAAGAUCCCAAAGGACUAUGUAGUACAGGUUAUUGUGAGCCAGCCUUGCAAACUCCACCUCCAGUUGAGAACUGAACUGCUCGUCUUAGCUGGUUUCUCAUCUUUGGUUUUUCCUCCUUUAUGGCGUGAAAUUUAUUUUCACUGCCCUUAUUUACCAAUGAGUGGAUUUAGUUCUGAGGAAUGACCAAUGAAAAAUUCCAUCUCUGAUGGAGAUCUACACAAAAAAAUAAAACACAAAGAGCCAGCCUUUGAGACUCAUGUGAUUGCCAUUUCUAAUGCAAGAGUCAACAAAUGAAAUAGAUAACCAUUUAUUAAAAAAAAAAAAACAGAAACCCAACAUAAUGGCUAUGUUAAAAUGAUUUUGAACUAUGAAUAAAGCAGCCAUCCAUGAGAACAGCACCUUUAGAAUUCAGAAUAACUUUUUUUAAGCAAACCAAAUUAGGCUAUUUCAAAAAAUUCUAUUACUUAAUUUUGUCCCUAAAUGCAACGUUUUUUAAUGGCAACAGAAAUGCAGUAUUUAUGAUGUUUCUUUCUGAUUUUAGCUACUGAUUAUUCAAAUUCAUCCAUCAAGGGGGAAAACGGGAAAAAAUAUCCCUAGCAUUGUGUUUCAGCAUUGCUUUCCCUUCCUCCACGUGUUGAGGUUUUUAUGUUCAUAUCACCCAUUUUUGGGUACCAUUUAUCAAGCUGUUGGUAGGCAGCCUUACGCUGUUACUGACUUCUGGAGCACUAGGCAAUAAUUUAGUAAAUACAGUAAAAUCUUAUAUUGUAUUGCACUUGAUUCAGAGUUCUUUUGUCCUCCUGCCUCAGUGGUAUCUGGAAAUGUCUACUGAAUUAUUGACCUCUGUUUCCACCUUUAACCUCAGGAGGCCACUCCUCUAAUACCUUUGCUACUUCUGGCUGGGGGAGGAAAAAACCCAGUAAUCAUCACAGCUUGUGCUUCAAAUGCACAACUGUUUUGAAGUGUAUGUGUUCUCCCCUACAGAACAAUGUGAGGGGCAUCUUUGUUGGGAAAGAGAAUCAGCAUAGGCCUACACCAACCAUUCUCCUGUGUACCCUGAGCCAGACUCCAAUUCUGGGCUGCAUGGGAACAGUGAAACUGGAUGUCCUCGCAGGAAGAUGCAAUGAUUCUCUCUUUUCCCUCUGCCUUGCAUGAAGAAUGUAAGGACUGCCCAUUCACCUGUGCCUAGGAGGAGAAUUGUGCCUAUUUUCACCUAGCCAUCAAAUAAUAGCUCACAUUUCUAUAGUGCUUAAGAAUUUGCAAAAGCGCUUUCCUUAUUUUAACCACUCAGUGUGAAAGAUUUCCUGACAUCAUUUAAACACCAGCAUUAAAAAAACAGUUCAGUGAUGCAUUGCUUCAUACACUUGACAUUGCAUGCUUUUCUUGAAUAACUUCCUAAUUCACUGUUCAUUAUUUUCAGUCAUGUUGGAUGGUACUUUUUCUCCAUCAUAUUUUCUUGGAUAAUGUAUAUAUAAGGAAAUACCUGGGAAAUGAGAAAGCCUUUUGGUUCACUUGGUUUGUGAAGUGUAUCCUGGCCUCAGUUCAAGCUGCCAGAAAUUGAGAUUGUGGGCUUACUGAUUUGUAAAUGGGGAAGGGAGAUAUUAAUACAUACUGUUAGCCUACAUCCCAUAUUAUUUCAACUCUGCAUCCCUCAAAAAGAAGAAUAGAGGAAGGAAAAUCCUUUUACUGCUUUCAGUUGGAAGUUAAAAGAAGGUCAAAACUUCAAACAAUCAGAUAGUAGCUUUAAACAAAAUGAAGGUUAAUUUUAAAUGGCCUGAAAUAGUACUUAUAAAAUGAUAGGAGACUUAGAUAGGAGAUAUCAAUAACUUAUUUGUAACAUGUUUCCUGCAAAAGAUGAGCUAAUUUCAGAUCUCUUUUAUUUAAUUGCCUUAAGACUUGUGGCUGCCUCUCUCUCAGGUCUGCUCAAAACCUGGAAUUAAAGAGAAGAUUGAAAACAUCAUUUCAAGAAUAGUUGUUAUGCACUGGGGGAAUGGAACCCAGCAUCCUGUUACUUUGAUUAACACUUCUACAAUCAAAGAAUUGCAUCUUGUUUGUUCAUUUGCAUGCCCACAGGGAAAUUCUGGUAUCCCUUAGUCUUGGUGGUUGGGAGAAAGAAGUUCAGUACAUUGUUUUAAAGCCAUUCAUGGCAGUAGGUAAAAGUUCAUUUUUCUCUGAGGGAUGCAAGUUCUCUUGUGGAUUUUGUUUUGUUUUAAAGGAACUUAUAUGUUUGAAUAACAGUUCUUUGAUAUGAUUAAACAACUAAACUGGCUGAGG